AUGCAGCUUAGGGCGAACCUAAUAGGCGGCGCCAAAUUAGCGGCCAUAGAACGUCGUCUACAGGAUGACAAAAUCUUGGAUAGUCUCCAAUUCCCUCAUAUCGCCCACGAUGAUUCGACUCAGGCAUGCCUAGAAGGCACUAGGGUGGAUCUCACUGAGCAUAUUAUGACAUGGUGCCGCAACACUGGAGAGAGUGAGAACCGGUUAAUGCUACUGACAGCUGUGGCGGGUGCCGGCAAGACUUCGAUUGCACUCACGAUAGCAGAACGAUGUGCGAGUGAAGAGGACGUUACCUUAUUGUUGCACUUCUUCUUUAAAGCGGGCGAACGGUCACGGCCCGAUUCUCUAUUCAGCGGCAUAGCUCGGGUUCUGGCAGAACAUGACCCGGUUUACUGCACUUGCAUUAUCUCUGCUCUUCGAAAAGACUCUUCCCUCUCAACAGCUCCACUUGCGAAGCAAUUCAGGGAUUUGGUGGCUUCGCCUCUCCUCCACAAACCUCCACCUCCCAGCCAUCCUAUGGUGGUCAUCAUCGAUGCUUUAGACGAGUGUGACAAAGAAGCGUUUGAGCCCCUUGCCGAAAUACUUGGGGAGGAAGUGCCCAAGCUACCAUCUUCCAUUAAAUUCUUUAUCACAUCGAGACAAUUUGAUCUCGUGAAUCGCUUCCUCUCCCCCAAUUACCCUAUUGAUCGUCUCACUAUUGAUCUUUCGGAUGAGACAAACAUGCAGGACUGCGCUGCAUACAUACGUUCUCAGCUUCAAAAGCUGAGGAAAGUACAUCCGGAUUUACGCCAUAAUCUUCAGGACGAAGAUAAAUCGGUACAGGAGAUCUCGGAACGUGCAAAUGGCUUGUUUAUCUGGAUCAGCACC